UCAGAAUAAUCUCCCAGAAAAUGGAAAAAAACCUAGGAGCAGCGUUAUAAGUAGCGAACAUAUUGAUUGGUACCAUCUUAAAAUCAAACAAUAAACUCCGCGUUUCCAAGUAACUCAAUCACAUGACUUCGAGUGCCCUGAACCACGAUAACAAAAACGUUUCGAUAAGACCGAAAUUUUUAGAAAUUCCUCCCACAUUUUGUGAUGUGAAAUGGUCAGUAACGCGUUAGUCAGUGUUUUUGCAGUGGAUCUUCUCGCAACAUCGGGGGACAUAACCCAAACAUGGACGUCACCAAUGUACCCCAAAUUGUAUUCCAACGACACAUCGGUAAACCCUUUGGCCAAGCCCAUCACAGAAGAACAAGAUGCAUGGAUCGGGUCGCUUCUGAAUAUAGGAGCGAUGAUAGGUGCACUACCGGUGGGAUUCAUCGCGGAUACCAUUGGCAGAAAAAAAUCCUUACUUUGCAUUGCUAUACCCCAUCUUGUCGCCUACUUGAUGUUCGUAUUCGCUGAUGAAGUUUACAUGUAUUACAUUGCGAGAUUUAUUAAUGGACUCUCAGUAGGAGCCGGCUACGCUCUAAUGCCGAUGUAUAUAGCCGAGAUAUGUACGGAUAAAACUAGGAACUCCUACACCGCCACUUUGAAUAUAUUUUGGACGUUUGGCAAUUUUUUACCCUACGCCAUCGGACCUUACAUAUCAGUUCAGAUCUUCAAUUCCAUCCUUGUUGGGUUUCCGGCUGUGUUUAUAGUGGUGUUCAUUCUCGUAGCUCCAGAAACACCACUCUAUCUGGUUCAAAAAGGUCGCAUAGAAGAAGCUGAGAAAUGCUUGAUGACACUGAGAUCGACGGAUAAAGCGGGAGUCGAGAAAGAAAUUAUCCAGAUCAAAGACAUCAUCGCGAAACACGAAGACGGGACGUUGAUGGAUAUCUUCAGAAACCCAGGUCUCAGGCGAGCGUUUGCUAUUUCCGCCAGUUUGGUAUCGUUCGGUCAGCUCGCUGGUAGUACAGCAAUCGGGUAUUACUUACAACCCAUCCUGGAAGAAAGUAACACCCACAUUACCGCUGACAUAGGAUCGACGUUAUGCGGUGCCUGGACUUUUAUCUCGAGCUUUUCUUCGUCAUUCGCGAUACACAGGUUAGGGCAAAGGAUUCCGUUGAUUAUCUCGUGCGUAGGUAAUGCGUUGUCAAUUUUCGCGCUGGGUUUGUAUUUUCACAUACGCGAUACAGAUCCAGAGAAGGCGUCGGAGCUUUCGUGGUUGCCGAUAGCGUCGUUGCUGUCGUUUAUCGCGUUUUAUAAUUUCGGAUUGUCCGGGAUUCCGUGGGCCGUCAGCUCGCAACUGUUUCCGAAUAACGUGAAAGCCAUUUCUGCAGCAUCUAUAUCGUCGGUAUCGUGGUUCUUCAGUUUCUUAACAACGAAUUUUUUUAACGAUAUGAAUGAUACCUUUGGUCGAGCUGGCACCUUUUGGAUCUUCUCAAGCGCCAAUUUGGUAGCGGCAGUUUUUACAAUUAUCUGGGUGCCGGAAACGAAAGGGAUGAGUUUUACGGAAAUACAUGAUAUGCUGCAAAACGAGGUUUAAAUGACCUCGUUGAUAGGAAUCCCGGAUUUGAUCGCAGCCAAAAACAUGAUAUAAUAUCGCUCUAUGGAGUCACGGUUGCCUUGAAUUUGGAUUUUUCAUAUAUUGUACUAUAAAAUUUGUAAUUUUUUUCAGCAUUAAAACAUUUAUGAUCUGUUUAAUAUUGCUCGUGUCACAAGGAGGAAAGAUAAAAUGCAAAUAAUUUUUUAUUUUUUUUCUUUUAACACCUCAAUUUUUGUUUUCUUUUUGGUCUUGCUUAGUAUGAAGGUCACACCAUUUAACUUGCCUCAUUAUGAAGAACUCUAAAAAGAAUAAUUGUUUGCUACAAAACGGUCCAUUGGAUAGUACCUUCUGAGUUAUGCUAUUACAACUACACAAAGAUUUUCUUCAUCUUCUGCAAAUUAUUCGUCAAAAUCGAAAUUAUUUGCUGCCCUACUGUUCACACGCUGUAAAACGAGGAGUUAAACAAAACAUCCGCAAAGAAAUAUCUACUCAACUAGCUAGACAACUUUUUGAGUGUUCCACUGCAUAUGGACUAAUUGAUCGAUCGUCUCUUAAAAAUUAUGGAGGUAUCAGUAAAUUUAGUAAAAUUAUGGAAAUGGUUAUGUUUGAUGACUUACCUGCAUUAAUAAAAAAUGUAAUUUGUACUGGUAUAAUCAUCAUUUAAUUGGUGCGAAUUUAGGUUUACCACUUAUACACCGACUUGAUAAACGCUUGAUUUGGUUAAUCACAAUAUUCUUGUACCGAAACUUGCCAAAGUCCUGGUAUAUGGUGACUUUCUUCGCUGGUUCUCUUCGUAUAUAAUUGGGGGAAAUCACAAUUUGACCAUUUAUAAUUAGUAAUAUGAACCUAUCUUGGUAAUCUAUCAGAUUCUGCACUCCAUGUUUCUGCCAUACGCUGAUGACUAAAGGGGUUUCGUAAAAUCCGGACUACUGCAGGGGACUUUAUUAGAAUUGCAUAGAAUUGUAAUGAUUAUUAAGUUUUUCUAAAUUUAAAGAAGUGUUAGGCGUUUUCGUCCACCAAGAAUAUAAUCAUUCUAAAUUUUAAUUACUCAAGAAAUUCUAAGCCGCUUUAAACUGUAAGUACGGUUAAAGACCUUGGGGUAAUAUCUGGCCGUAAAUUAGUAUUUACAUGUCAUAUUUAUUAUACCUCUGAAAAAUGCACUUGAAUUUUUCUGAAUUUUUUGAAUGUAUAAUUUCUAAUUCCUGCUAUAGUAAAUAUAUAAUUAAUCUUGGAAGCAUAGAGGGAAAUUUUUGUAGGUUUUUGAAUUGGAGAGUAAAUUACCUAUAUAGCAUUACUAGUGUUAUCGCUACUCGAAGCAUAAGAUUUGAUAUUCCGGUCAUAAUAACUUGGGUAAAAAUUCUCCCAUUUUUAGGAUAAGU